GUCAAUUUCACUGUAAAUCAGGAAACAAUAGAUAAUUUAUUAACCAAAAAACAAUAUUUUUUCUUAAUACGUACUCCUUUCCUUCCAGAUCCUCUCUAUCUUAUUUUCCCAAACGUCGUAACUCUCAUUUUCAAUAAUUUUAUAAUUAUGCAACGAAAACCCUGUGACAUGUAUUGGUGCAUAUUUAUAUUAUAAAAUUUUCAAAGUGGAAUAAGAAUUUUUAUGCUGAAUUGCAUUUCGAUGGAGCAACUCGUGCAAUAUUUUUUCUAGACUUAAUAAACUUGGUCAUUCGUUUUGAAGAGUUGGUGGAAUUAACAAGUGAAAACUCAGAAGGGAGCUCCCUUUUAUUUUCAGUGAGUGUCUGUGAGGACAAAAAAAUCUUCAAAUUUUUGAGGAAAAUACACAAAGACGCGGAGGAUCACAAAAAGUGACCAUGACACAAUUAUCAACGAUGACAAUGAUUGCAGGAGCAACUGAUGAUGGGCACUACGCAAAUGGAUUUGCCAAUGGUGAUAUGAACAGUGCUAAUAAAUUUUAUGAAACAGUGAACGAAAGUGAUGCCACAUUCAAUAAUAACAAUUACGAAGGCAAGAGCAUGUUGAAUUGCAAAAGUGAUCAAAGUGAUUACGAUCCCAAAGGAAAGAAUGAGUCUGAGAAGGAUUACAUGUUCCUUGGGAUUAAAUUUAAACAACCACUAAAAGUAGUUAAUGCUGUGUCCAUCAUUGGUUUCCAUCUCGUGUCACUCUAUGCAUUCUUAGUUAAUUUCCGUUCGCCGCACCUCUUCACCGUCCUCUGGGCCUUCCUUGUGGGUGGAAUUGGCGGAUUCGGCGUGACAGCAGGUGCCCAUAGACUCUGGAGCCAUAGAUCAUACAAAGCAAAAACUCAACUCCGGGUUAUCUUGGCUCUCUGCUUCUCAGUUGCCGGGCAGAAUACGAUCUUCGAUUGGACUCGCGAUCACCGGGUUCAUCACAAAUUCUCUGAAACGGACGCCGAUCCUCACAAUUCCAAUCGAGGUUUCUUCUUUGCUCACGUGGGAUGGCUCAUGAUGAAGAAACACCCUGAUGUCAUUAGAAAGGGCAACCAGGUGGACAUGAGUGACAUUUUGGCUGAUCCUGUGGUGCAGUGGCAUCAAAAAUACUUUGUACCGCUGAAGAUUCUUCUGUGCUUUGUUAUCCCAUCCGUGACACCCGUUUACUUCUGGAAUGAGGAAUGGACAAUCGCGAUCUUCACAAUGGCAUUCAUUCGCUAUGUUUUCCAACUCAACUUCACAUGGCUCGUCAAUAGUGCAGCUCAUAUGUGGGGAAACAAGCCAUAUGACAGAAAAAUUAAUCCAUCUGAGAAUUUGGGAGUCUCACUCGUUUCAAUGGGUGAGGGAUGGCACAACUAUCAUCAUACAUUCCCCUGGGAUUACAAAGCAGCAGAAAUGGGUGAUUUUCGGUACAACAUCACGACCUCAAUCAUCAAUCUCUUUGCCAAGAUCGGAUGGGCGUACGAUCUGAAGCAACCCUCAAAAGAACUUAUUCGUAAGACCAUUGAACGCAGCGGGGAUGGAUCUCACACAGAGCAUGGUAUGCGGUGUAUGCCCGAGGAAGUUCCAAUGGAGGCCGAUGAAAAUUCGAAUUUAGUAGAUUAGGGAAAAUUUUUGAAAAUACUUUGAUAAAGAAAUCUCAAAGAAAAACAAGAAAUAAUCCCAAAUUCUUUUCUAUGUUACGUACAUCUAAUCACAGGGUUAGAUUAAGCGUUCUUCCGUAUGUAAAAAACGACGGAAGCAUAUUUAGCUUUCAGAUAAAAUUAUAUUUAAAAUAAGGGUUUUUUGUAUAGGUAUUUAUAAUAGAUUUUGCAAAGAUUUCUUAUAACUUUUAAUAAUAAAAAAAAUACAAUGAGAUAGAGAAUUUUCUAUAUAGUUUUUUUUUCUAUAAAUAAAAUAUACUAAUUAAAAGCCGAAAACAAAAAUAUCAAAUUUAAUCAUGCUAAUUAGUUUUAUUCUUCCAACUUUAAUGAAAAAUACUUUUACAAUCAAUUUGUUCUUAAUUGUCCAGUAAACAAUCUCAACUUACAGGUGGAAUAUAAAAAGCAAAAUCGAUUAUGCGAUUAAAUUAUGUUUUCGACUUAUCUGGCUGUGUAAUGCCUAUAAUUGUUUCUAGGAUUUUUUAAUAAGAUAUAUGUAUGUACAUCUAAAUCAUUUUUAUUAUACAUUAAGAAAUGGAACUUAUCAGGUGAAUUCUAAAACAAAAAAAAAACUGUAACAAAAAUUACAACUGAAUAAAUGUUCUAAAUAGAAA